AUGAACCAGAUUUUCUAUCCUCUGACUUAAGUCUAUAGAACCUCAACCAGACAAAUUAAUAAAGUGGUUUACUAUAGCAAUCCCUUGCCAGAAAUAAAACUAAAAUCUAACGAUCUAAAAUAAUCCAUAUUCGAUUGGUUGAGACAACUAAAUUAGGAACAAUUGGAAGAAGUGCUCUCCUUUACAUCCUACUUUAGAGUUUAUUUAUAUCUCAAAAUGUUCAAGAUAGAUCAAAUUGGGCUACAUGAAUAUUAGGAAUUAUUAUGUAGUCCUUUUGAAGUUAAUGUUGCUGAGGAACUCAGCAGAUAUUAUUCUAUUUAAAAUUGUAAGCGUUUAAAUAAGAUUGAUUUAAAUGCACAUAAGUACAUCCUUGAUCACAUCUAUGUGUCUGAUUAUGAAUGGUUAUUUGAUACCAUUACAUUAAGAGGGGAUGUUGAACAGAUUAUAAAUUCAUUUGAAACAAUAUCCAAUGGAACCAUAUUUACAAGUUUGGGAGAAUUGGAAUCUCAUGAGACUGAAGGCUAUUAUGAAAUUAACUUAAAAAAACAGAAGGUCUAUUAGACAUUGCCUGAGUUAUUGGUAGAAGAAUUCUAAAUUGCAGUUCUAUUAAAAUAUCGUUAAUCUCAUGAGGGGAGCAAUUACACUUAACAUAAAAAUUUAUUGAAUUUGAAUCUUGUAAGAUUUAAUUAUGCUUCCUUAAACUUAAAUUAAGCUUUCCUUGAGUUUUAAUAACUGUUUACCUAACAAUCGAAUCAGAAGUAAUUCAUCAAUGAACUGAACCUAAUUCAUUCUUGGAAUGAAGAGAUCAAAAUGAACCCAUUGUAGUGUCAAAUUCUUUGCAAAGAAGUUUAGUACUAUUUUAACCAACCAAAAGAAUUGUUUUCAGUUCCUGUCAAGUAAGUACUCAAUGAAUAUGUGUUAUUUUGCAAAUUUUUGAUUUCCAAAACAUUACUGAAAGAAUUUCCUUUAACUUAAGCACCUGAAAUUAAAAGAGUUAAACCUGAAUAAGAUAAACAGAAAUAAUAAUAAUAAUUGCAGCAGGUAGGCAAGCUAUUUAAAAACCCUUCAAAAUCGAAAAUAUUGCCUGAAAAUGAUUAAAGAUUAUUUAGCACAAGUAAUGAGGAAGUAGAAAGUAUUUUCUAUGAAUUCGCUACUUCAUUUAUGAAAAGAGUGGUGGAUGAGUCAUUUAUAGAAUUGGAAAAUCAGAAGAAAUUCAAAAAGUAAAAAUAGAAAAAGGCUAAAAAUCAGAAAAAACAAUAUAUGAGUGAAUGUACAUCAAAUUGUACUGAGUAUCAAUAGAUACAGUAGUAACAAGAGAUUCAAUUCGGAGAUGAAGAAUGGAUUAAUGAUACGUAAACAAAGAAUCAAAAGAAAAAACAGAGAAGAAAGGAGAAUCAAGAAAAGAAGAAACUCAAAAAACUUCCUGAAAUUUAAUAGGUAGAAUCAAGUGAAAGUGUUCAAACCUAAUAAUUUGAACCUUCAGUCCAAAUUGAAAUCUAAAAAGAUGAAGAAGUAUAAGAAUAAGUCUAAGAGACUUUUCUUUGUACAACUACCUCUACGCAUGAUGACGAUGGAGAAUUUAUUGAAGUUACUAAGAAGAAAUUUAAUGGGAAAAAAAAAAAAUAAAAUAGCAAAAAGGAAAAAGAAUAAAAGGAAGACCAAGUUGAAAAACAAGCAAUCUUGAUGAAAAAAUCAAAUUCUUCAUAGCAAAAUUAUCUAUCUGAUGAUUACAAAAUGGGUAAUACCACUCCCCCUAAGAUUCUUUCUUAGAAAAAAGAGUAGGAUAGUACACUUCAGAGACCUGGCUUAGUGAAAAGCGCAAGCAAAGAAUAAAAAACAUAUAAAUAUGAUUUGGAGAAAGAGACUCUUGAAAAGAUAUAUUAGGAAAUUUUGGAACAUAAGAUUUCAAGGGAUAUUUAAUCAAUCUAUCAGAAAGAAUAGGAUAAUUUACUCAAGUUUAGAACUGCAAGAGAAGUUGCCAUACUAAGAGUGUAACAUAUUAUUAAGGCUCAUUUUUUCUAAUUUUAAGUUGAACCUGUUAUUUUUGGCUCUUCAAGAACAGGUCUAGCCCUUCAUGAUAGUGAUGUUGAUAUGGUAGUUUUUGGAUUACCUGUGUUCACAAAAGCCUAACUAUUUGAUCCUAUGAGGAAACUGUUGGAAGUAUUCUCAUAAAUGAAAUGGGCUAUAAGUUACAAACAUAUAUUUCAAGCAACAAUUCCUUUAAUCAAAAUUACAAUUGAUCCUUCAACUGGAUUUCUAGAGUUUGUAGGAAACCCACUUUAUUAUGUGAUGAAUCAUCGAAAUAUCGAUUAAUUUAAUCUGAAAUACGGAGAAUUAUCUUAAAACAUCUAAAUUGACAUCACGUUUGAAUUACAACAACCAUAUCCAAUGUAUGGAUAUUAAGGCUACCAUGUUGGACUUCUCUCAACAGAUUAUCAACGUUAGGUAGGAAAUUCAGUAAAAGGCUUUACUGAAGUAGCCAUAGUCUUGAAAAAACUCUUGAAGCAUCGAGGAUUGAAUGACUCCUAUACAGGUGGAGUGAGCUCAUUUUGUUUAACUGUUAUGUUAGCCGCUAUAGGUGAAAAUAUUACUUUGGGUGAUAAAUUGCUGCAAUUCUUGUUGAGAUAUGGGUGGAAUUUUGAUCCUGAGAAAUAAUACAUCUCAUUGCAUUCAGAGGAAACAUUUAUGCCUAUAUUGGAUUAAGGAGAUAGAUUGCCCUUGAAUAUCAUUUCACCAAUAAAUGACGAGAAAAUUCAGAUCUACGUCUCAAAGAUACAAGAAAUUCUAUAGGUUUUCAAAGAACUUUAUUUGGAAUUGAAGGAAAACAUGAAUCAAAUAGCAAUAAGUCUGCAAAAGAAAUUAGAUUAAAAGGAAUUACUAUAAUUACAUUAAACAAAUAUUGAGAAGCUUGUUGAUCUGAUCUAAUGGCAGAAUACAAAUCUUCUUGAUAGUCAUUUCUGAUAUCUAUUUAUAUAUUUUGUUUAUAAACCAAUCUAAUUA